CUUCCGGGACCGUGUUUCAGGUAACAUCACUCACCCAUAACUACUUGUCCUGCUCACUAGUAGCUCCCCGCCGUUUCAACACCCGUUCGUGCUCUUGACCAUCCGAUGUAUUCGGGCAUGCGCUCUCUAUCACAAUCGAUGGCUUGGAUUUUGGUGGGGCUUUCGCUCAGUUCCGCUGGGUGGACGUCUUCUGUCUUCUUCACCACAUCGGCGCCCCCGCCAGAUCUUUAUGAGGCGUCCGUGCCAGAACUUCAGGCAGGGCUAACGUCUGGCCAAUUCACGAGUGUGGAUCUAGUCAAGGCUUAUUUUGCUCGAAUCGAAGAAGUAAAUCUGCAAAGCCCAAAGCUACGCGCUGUUAUAGAGACCAACCCGUCUGCACUAGAGCGAGCCCAGGCUCUUGACUUUGAGAGGCUAAUUUACGGCCCUUGGAGCCCGCUGCACGGCAUUCCUGUGCUCCUCAAAGAUAACAUUGCAACGGUCGCUUUCGAAGGAAUGAAUACAACUGCGGGGAGUUACAGUCUCCUGGGCUCCAUCUUCCCCGACGACGCUGGUGUAGUGAAAAGGUUACGCGCAGCUGGAGCAAUCAUCCUCGGAAAAGCCAACCUCUCAGAAUGGGCACACAUGCGAGGGAUCCUAGCAGCAGGGUGGUCAGGACGUGGCGGACAGACGACCAAUGCACAUUACCCAAAUGCAGAUCCCUGUGGCUCUUCAUCUGGGUCUGGUGUAGCGUCGUCGAUCGGUUUGACUGCUGUCUCUUUGGGCACAGAGACGGAUAGCAGUAUAACAUGCCCCGCCUCAAAUAACAAUGUAGUCGGCAUCAAACCUACAUUGGGUCUGACUUCGCGUGCAGGAGUCAUCCCUAUCUCGGAGCACCAAGAUACGGUCGGGCCUCUCACCCGUUCCGUCGUUGAUGCAGCUAUCGUUCUUAGCAUCAUCGCAGGUCCCGACCCAAACGACAACUACACUCUUGCCCAACCAUCCCCAGUUCCUGACUAUACACUGGCAUUGAAUACGAGUUCCCUCAUCGGUAAACGUCUCGGUGUACCGCGCACUGUGUUCUUGAACGACACUAUAACGGGAAAUGAUCCAUAUGUCAACGUGAUCUUCUCACAGGCACUCCUGACAUUGCAACAGUUAGGUGCAACGAUUGUCGAUCCCGCUGACCUACCGUCCGCAUAUGAGAUUGUUGCUUCCAAGAAUGAAACCAUUGUCGCUGACAUUGACUUCAAAGUACAAAUCAAUGAUUGGUUUGAAAGCUUGGUCGAGAACCCAUUCAAUGUGACUUCACUGGCUGAUCUCAUUGCGUUCAACGAUAAAUACCCCGCCCUCGAAAAGCCUACUGGAUACAUAGAUCAAUCGGUAUUGAUUGAGUCGGAGGCGACCACUGGCCGCAACGCGACCUUCUUCGAGGCUCUCGCAUUCGACCGGGAGAUGGGGGGAAGUCAGGGCAUCGACGCCGCUCUAAAGCAAUAUAACCUGGAUGCUCUGGUAUUGCCCGCUCCUGGUUACACGAGUACACCAGCUGCCAUUAUCGGGUACCCAAUCGUCACAGUCCCACUUGGGUUCUAUCCCGACAACGUCACCAUCGGUAGCGCAGGACCGAACACCAUUUACCCAGCCCCAGGCGUCCCGAUUGGUCUGUCGUUCCUUGGGACGGCGUGGAGUGAAUACAGCCUCAUAGGGUUUGCCUAUGCGUACGAGCAGAAAACGAUGACUAGAUUGCAGAGGAAAGCAUACGCUGCCGCUAUUCCUCAGACGCAGCUGGCAGAUGUGAUUGGCCAAUAAAGGAUGAGGUCAGCUUAAUGCAAGGAUUUUUAGGAAGGCGAUGUGACAAUGAACGUCAAAAAGAGAACAAAAGGAUACAUACGGUGGGGUGGUACAUAAACUGUCAGUGUCAUGGGGUCGCCUGGUAAUCUAGUGAAGCCAUACUUAGCGGUCAACUCCGUCUGACCAGAAGUUUCAUAACUUAGAGAUAGCAGGAGCGGGGGUCUGUUUUGCUAAC